AUGCUGGCGGCGGCGGGCGGCGCGGGCCCCGGCGGCGGCGGCGCGGGCGGCGGCGGCGGCUCCGCGGCCGGGCCGGGCCCCGGCGGCGGCGGGGACGGGGACUUCCUGUCGCGGUACCGGCUGGUGUCGGCCAAGCUGCGGCGGCGGUUCCUGCGGAAGCCGAACGUGGCGGAGGCGGCGGAGCAGUUCGCGGCGCUGGCGCGGGAGCUGCGCGCCCAGGAGAGCCUGCCCUACGCGGCCUGGUGCCAGCUGGCCGUGGCGCGCUGCGCCCAGAGCCUCUUCCACGGGCCGGCCGAGGCGGCGGCGCUGGCCGAGGCGGCGCGGCUCUUCCUGCGCCAGGAGCGGGACCUGCGGCAGCGCCUGGCGCUGCGCGGCGGCUUCGGCGAGCACGCGGCGGCGGCGCAGAGCUGCGGCGCCUUCGCCGCCCGCCUGCACCUGGAGCGGGGGCAGCCGGCGGCGGCGGCCGCGCUCUGCCUGGAGCUGGCGGCGGCGCUGCGCGACGCGGGCCGGCCGGCGGGCGCCGCGGCGCCGCUGGCGCGGGCGGCCGAGCUGCUGGCGGCGGCGCGGCUGCCGCUGGAGGCGCUGCGCUGCCUGGGCGAGCUGGCGUCCUGCCUGCUGCUGGGCGGCGACUACGCGGGCGCGCUGGCGGCGCUGACGCGGGCGCAGGCGCUGGCGCGGGCGGGCGGCGGCGGCGGCGCCUUCCGCGACGCGCUCGUGCGCUGCGAGGUGUCGCGGGUGCUGCUGCUGCUGCUGCUGCAGCCGCCGCCGGCCAAGCUGCUGCCCGAGCACGCGCGGACGCUGGAGCAGUACUGCUGGGAGGCGCCGGAGAGCGGGCCGGGGCCCGGGCCGGGCGGCGGGCGCCCGCCGGCGGCGGGCUACCUGCCCGCCGAGCUCUUCCUGCUGCUGCAGUCGGCCGUGCUGGCCUGCCAGGAGAAGGACCUGGAGGCGCUGAAGGCGCUGCAGGCCGAGCUCUGGCCGCUGCUCAGCCCCGAGCAGAACCACCUGCUGCACCUGGUGCUGCAGGAGAUGACCAGCCCCUCGGGCCAGGGGCUCUGAGGGCACCCGCGCCCGCCUCGCGGCGGCUCUGCCCCGGAGCAGGCGCGGCCCGGGCACUGCCGGCCCGCGCCGCCGCUUCGCCCUCGUGCGGGUGCGGCUGCGAGGCGACGCCGCGUGGAGAGACCCCGUCGGAAGUCGCUGCCGCGGCCGGGAGCCGCUCUGCGGGCGUUUGCAGCCGGUCUGGCCGCCCCCGGCACGGAUGCUGCAGCGCUUCUUCCCUGCCCGGUCCCGAGAAGGAUCCUCCUCCGUGCGUUCUGCGCCGAGGCCCCGCGGCGGUGCUCUGCCGGGCUGCCGCGCUGCCGCUGAGGCGGGGGCGAAGCCGGCGCUGGCGGCGGCAGCCGCUCCCGUCGUCCCGCCGCCUUUCCCGGACGCCGGGAGCGAGUCCCGAGCAGCAGCCCCGAGGAGCCGUGCUCGUGGCGGCCCCUCCGGCGGCGCCGGAAGCCCUGCAGGGCCCGGUUCCUUCGGGCUCAGCCUCGGGCCGCUGCUCUCGCAGGGUGGAAGCCGCAUCGGCGGAGACCGCGGGGGGGGCUCGGGGCGCGCGUGUGCGGCGAGGGCCGGCCUCGCCCGGCGGGCGGGCGUUACGGGGCGGCGGUGUUAUGGGAAACACCCGCCCUUCGCGUUAAAGUAAACGAGCUGUCGAUGCACUUUA